UUCUCCGAUAAGGAAACGCGUUGAUUAAGAUUUUAUAAUUCAGUGGAAAGUCACGUGACAUCGGAGACGACCGAAGAAGAUCCUGAAUCGACCAAUCGAACGUUACUUCGAACAAUACCACACAAUACUUUUUGAUGAUAAAUCCAUACACUGGAUCGCCGGAUCCGCAAAUUACUUUUAACCUUUUAAUGAGAUGCAUCUCGUCCUAUAAGAUUCACUAAAGAUACGUCAGAUUUACAUAAAAAAAUAGAAAUCGAACGUUGCCCAGGCGAGGAUAAUUUUUAUGACCUACGAGCCGCGCAUUGCCACUUCCUUUUUUCAUACCGCUCUGACCGGUCAUCAAGGAGGAAUAUUCGUCGAUACUGGUUAUGGAACUGUCGGCGUUUCGAUUUAAUAUUAGUAGAUUAAUUUUAAUUAUUUUCCUAAUUGUGUCGAAGACUAAUUCAGGAAGCUGCGAGAAGAAGCAAGUGGUCUUGAACUUGAAACUGAGUGACAAUACUGCGAGUAAUCCGUUUCUUCAGAAUAAUAACGCAACGUUUACGAGGGAUGGGAUUUACCGAAGGAAUCCAUUCUUAACGACUACUGAAAACUCAGUCGUGUCAUUUUUUGACAUCAGCAAUGAAGAGAACGAGGAGAGACCCGUAAAUAUUAAACCAUCGAGGUCCAGCCUGUUGAAGGACCACCAGAAUAUUUAUUUUCAUGUUACUGUUCACAAUCCUUUCCUACAAGGUGCUACCAAUAAAAAUAAUCACACUGAAACUGAUUCCUCAAGUAACCCACAGGAUACCAUAAUUUUACCAGAUGUAAAACCAUCAGGAGACUAUCCGAAUGAAAUAAGUCCAUAUGUAGAGACGAAAGCGAAGUCAGCACUCAAAUGUGAAGAAUAUGGAAAACAAUUAUUGGACACAAUACAGGUGUUGCCCUUGGUGGGUACAAAACCAGAAGUGAUCAAGAUAACUGAUCAAAAAUGUAGCAAUACAAAUCGUCUUAUUGUUGGAGGUGAGAUAGCCUCUCCUGGGGAAUUUCCUCACAUGGUUGCCUUAGGCAGCAAAACUCCAAAUGGAACGUUCAUCUUUGCAUGUGGUGGUACUCUCAUUGCACCACAAUGGGUACUCACUGCAGCACACUGCACUCAUGGGCAAAAUAGCCCUACAGACGUCCGCAUUGGAUUCAAUGACUUGACAGAUACUCAGCAUGGUAUUACGAGAACAAUCACCAGGAUGUUAAGGCAUCCGAAUUAUAGAGCUCCAGCCAUGUACGCUGAUAUAGCCCUUUUAGAAUUAGAUGCAGCUGUUACUUUUAAUAAAGAAAUCAGACCCGCUUGCCUUUAUCAGCAGUACGACACUGUCCCUUCGAAGGCAUGGGUCAGCGGCUGGGGUGUCACUGAAUUUGGUGAUGAAACACAAAGUGAUCAAUUGCGAAAAGCUAGUCUCGACAUUGUUGAUAAUAUUUCGUGCGCUCUGAGGCACAACCAAUCGAUAUCAGUGCCAUACGGAAUUACGCCAAGUAUGAUCUGCGCCGGGGAUCCUCAUGGUGGUUGGACUGCAGACACUUGUCAAGGAGACUCGGGAGGUCCUCUCCAAGUGAUUCAUCCGAAGAAUCCAUGCCUGUUCCAAGUACUAGGUAUCACUAGCUUCGGGAAAGGUUGCGCGUUCAUUAACACACCUGGAGUAUACACCAGAGUCUCGCAUUAUCUUAAUUGGAUAGAAAGUAUUGUUUGGCCAUGAGUUUAUACAAAAAUGGAACAAUUACUUUGCAAAGAUAAAAACGUUUAUUUUCCUCUCAUUAGUUAUUAUCGAGUUAAAAGUUUAAAAUACAUAUGAUACUGAUAUUACGAUGAUAACGAUUGUAGUGAUAAAAAUUUGUUAAAUAUAUUGUUGUAUAUAUAUACA